AUGUUAUAAGAUUAUGGUGUUUUGGGACUUGAUUCUAAUGAGAAUUUUAUUAUGUAUGAUUGUAAUAGUAAAUUACCUGAUUUGUAUUUUUAUAUGUAAGAUAUUAAUGGUAAAUUAAUUGAAUAUAGUCUUCCUUAGGAGUUUUAUACAAUGUAAAUGGGAUUAUUUUAAUGUGCAAUUUUAGUUUCUAAAUUAGACAUUUAAGAUGUUCAAAUUAUUCUUGGAAAUACUUUUAUGAGAAAAACUUUAGGUUUAGCUGAAUCUAUUAGUAAUCCUAAUUAUAAUUAUA